AUGGCGGCCGUGUUAAAGAAAAGAGCCCUUGCAGAAUAUAAUAAAUCGUUCAAAGAUAGUCCUCCUUCAAAGAAGCUCCAUCUGGCUAAAAAGCCACUAAUUGGUAGUUCAGCUGCUGCAUUUGUUGGUCUUUUGGAAAAAUGUAAGUCUAGUGAUGAAGCUCUUCAGUUAUUGCUUCGUGUCUCGGACUGUCUUCAAUUCCAAGAGUCGGAUGUCGAAGAAGCUAUUAAAAAGUUAUCUGAACAUUUCCAGUCUGAAGAAGAAUCAGUAGUGAGAGUAAAGAUUCUGUGGCUAUUUUGUGAUAUUGGGCUGGAAUGCCCAGGUGUGAAUUUAAAUAACUUGAUAGACGAGACAACGCAUUUGAUUAAGAAUGAAACGUCACAUAAGGUGAUAGCUCAAGGUAUAGCCACUUUAUUGAAGCUCGGUAGUAAGCUCAGUGAUGACAAAAUACUGAUGAUGCGGCUUGUGGCUGUCGCCAAGGACAACUUAAAGGACACAAGCCACCAAGUGAAGUGCAGAUGCUUACAGCUGAUUAGUGAACUGUACCCCAUCUACCCUGAGUCUGAGAGGACCCCAGACAUGUCUACAGAGGCAGAUGCUAUCGUUAAAUUGCUCGGAGAUUAUUCUCAUGCUGAGGAUGCUAGAGUCCGUUGUGAGGCAUUCCAAUCACUUCUGACAAUGCAUGAGCGGGGUCAAACUUUGAGUGCGAGCUUGUAUGACCUGGUAUGCCUCGCUCUUACAGAUGACUAUGAAAUAGUCAGAGAAGUAGCCCUGAAACUUGUAUGGGUACUAGGCAAUAAAUACCCAGAGAACACUGUAACUCUAUGCGACGGCGAAACAACGAUGCGCCUAGUGGAUGACGCGUUCGUACGUAUAUGUUCAGCCGUGAACGACUUGUGCAUGCAAGUUCGUGCGCUCGCUUGCACGUUGCUCGGCACCACUCGUGGCGUGUCAGAUCGAUUCUUGUUGCAGACAUUGGACAAACAACUGAUGAGUAAUAUGAAGAAAAAACGCACGGCCCACGAGCGUGGCGCUGAGCUGGUACGGUCGGGCGCGUGGGCCAGCGGCCGUCGCUGGGCCGAUGACGCGCCCGGCGCUCUCCUGCACCACGCCACCGUGCAGCUACUGCCCGGUGGAGCCGCCGGAGCCUUUGUACACGGACUUGAAGACGAGCUCAUGGAGGUCCGAACUGCAGCAGUAGACGCGGUCUGCCAGCUGUCCAUGGAGAAUGUUGUAUUCGCGACAACAUCUCUGGACUUUUUAGUAGACAUGUUCAACGAUGAGAUCGAGGACGUGCGACUGCGCGCCAUAGACAGUCUCACGCGCAUCUCACAUCACAUCGUGCUCAGGGAAGACCAGCUGGAGAUUAUAUUAGGAGCUUUAGAAGACUACUCAAUGGACGUACGAGAAGGUUUGCACCGAAUGCUCGGCUCGUGCACAGUUGCGUCCAAAACCUGCCUUGAAAUGUGCAUUGACAAGAUAUUAGAGAAUCUCAAAAGGUACCCACAAGACAAACGCUCCACAUUUCGGUGUGUACAACGCCUAGGCAGCUCUCACGCUUCGCUGGUGUUACCGCUGACGACGCGCCUGCUCGCUGUACACCCAUUCUUUGACAUGCCGGAACCAGAUGUCGAAGAUCCUGCCUACAUGUGCGUAUUGAUCCUGGUAUUGAACGCGGCGCAACACUGUACGACCAUGCUCCCGCUGUUCGAGGAGCACACCGUCAAGCACUACACGUACCUCCGAGCGACUAUGCCGCAUUUCGUGCCAUAUUUACCUAUAGGUGAUGCUCAACAAUCAAGUGCUGAAAAGAUUGAGUCGGCGAUGGAUGACAGCGCCGUCCGGCGAUUCUUCGAUUCAGUGUUGCAGCAUAUCGACAACACCACACUCUCUACCAAUGUCAGACUUAAAAUGCUACAGUCGGCUGAAGAACAACUCAACAAGCUGGCGGAGAUGGAGCCGGCGGUGUCGGGCGCGGCGCAGUUUACGAGCGUGUUCUCGCGCUGCGUGCUGGUGCUGCACGGCGCGUUGCACGCCACGGCUGGACCGCCUGCGCAUGCGCUCGCCGCCCUCACCACCGACUGUCUCAGGUUACAACACCAAUUCAGUGGGGUCUCGGAGCAAGAAAACGCAUGUGUGUGGCAACUAGCACUACGAGUGUGUGCGGCGCGUCUGUGUGCGUGCGCAAGCGCGCCGGGACCGGGCCCGGGGACGGUCGUAGCCACCGGGGACAAGGGCGGAGUGGCCGCCGCACUGUCCGCUGCCGCCGCUCUCACUCACCACGCUGAGCUGCUAGAUAGACUACUCGCUUCUGUGGGAGUGGAACCGGAUCCCUUCACAAUAGCAGUAUUCCGUCAAUUGUCGAUGAACGCAGACCAUAAACCACCGGCGUUGGCGCGUGCUAUCCUGCCGCUGCUACAGUCAGCACCGUUGCCGGUGAUACCAAAACCUAGCCUCAAGAUUCGUAUGUGCACCGCGAGUAUAUUAGAGCCGCCCGCAGAUAACGACACGGUGGUGCGGUUCAGUGCAGGGCUGGUGGCGGGGGUUGCGUUAGAGGCUGAGGUGUUGCGCGUCCGUAACCCACAGGCACUGAGAGUGCGCGUGGCCUACCCCGACACGAGGAUACACGCUCUUGUACCGCCUAAGGACCAUCUACGACCACUUGACCAUCAAAACACAAACGAGGACGGCACACAGAACGUGCGGCUCCUGACCAAGGUGCUGAUCUCGCACGGCGUGUGGACGGAGCCGUGCGGCGUGGACAUCUCCGUGUGCCUCGCCGUGGACGACGGCGGCCGCGAGCCCCCGCAGCUCGUGGAGCUGUGCCGCCCCGUCAGAGUCACUGUCGCGCCCAAACCUAUCAAACGGGGCAUAUAG